UUUGCGGCUUUUCCUUAAGGUCACGGUAUGAGUAGCAAUAUGUGUGAAACGGUAGCAAACCAGGCGGAGGUGCCUGAUGAAAAGGGAGACAGCGACAAGGGAUUAUAUGACAACUUCAAAACCACCAAGAAGCCGCGACCGCCCAAACCCCGAGACGCGGUGACCAUCGCGGUUUCCUCUCGGACGCUGUUUAACAUGGCGCAGGAGAAUCGCAUAUACGAGCAGGAGGGGCUGGAGAAGUACGUCUCCUACCAGCAGGAGCAUGAAGAGGAGCCCCUGACGCCCGGGGCAGCUUUUCCCUUCGUCAAGGCUCUGAUGACGGUAAACGCCCGCCUCCGUGACCUCUACCCAGAAAGUGACGAGAUGUUCGAUAUUGUCCUGGUGACAAACAAUCACGCCCAGGUCGGAGUUCGCCUUAUCAACAGCAUCAACUACUAUGAUCUGACCAUUGAGAGGUUCUGCAUGACUGGUGGGAAGAGUCCAAUCGGAUACCUGACGGCAUAUAUGACGGAUCUCUACCUGUCCAAGGAUUCCAAAAAAGUUCAGGAGGCGAUUGAGGCAGGGAUCGCAGCAGCCACCAUGUUCACACUGGAGAGGGAGAACGAUCUGAGUGACAGCCAGCUGCGUGUGGCCUUCGACGGAGACGCUGUCCUGUUCUCCGACGAAUCCGAGAUCAUCAUGAAGACGCAGGGACUCGACAGCUUCUUUGAGCACGAGAAGCAGUUUGCGAACAAACCUCUGGCGCAGGGUCCACUGAAGUGCUUCUUGGAGGCCUUGGGAAAGCUCCAGAGGAAGUUCUAUAGCAAGGACGAGCGCAUGGACUGUCCCAUCCGCACCUAUCUGGUGACGGCGCGCAGCGCGGCCAGCGCAGGGGCCCGGGUCCUGAAGACCAUGCGCAGCUGGGGCCUGGAGGUGGACGAGGCCCUCUUCUUGGCUGGGGCCCCCAAGGGCCCACUCCUUCAGAAGAUCCGGCCACACAUCUUCUUUGACGAUCAGAUGUUCCACAUCGAGGGAGCUCAGAAGCUGGGCACCAUCGCCGCCCACGUGCCCUAUGGGAUAGGACAGAAAUACCAUAGGGGGAUAGCCCUACAGCCAAGCCCCCCUGGUCACUAGGGACCCAGAUGCAGCCUUUCAGCCAUGCGUCCAGUAAAGGCAACAGUCAUCACUAGCGUUUAGGAGUUUGGACACACAUGUUAUUGUUUCCUGUUCUUUUGAUCUGAGGAUUUUUCUGUGACUUAAAUCAGUUGUUUAAAAACCAAAUUAGUGUAUAAGAGUGAAAAAUUA